UCUGUGCAUUACCAGAGUGAGGGUCUGUCUCAGAGAAGACACCUGCAUCAUGUCGAAAAUGGAGAAACAACUGUUCAACCUCAAGUUUGCUGCCAAGGAGCUACAACGCAACUCCAAGAAAUGUGACAAAGAUGAAAGGGCAGAAAAGGCCAAAGUUAAGCAGGCUAUCCAGAAGGGUAAUAUGGAGGCAGCCAAGAUCCACGCAGAGAAUGCCAUCCGUCAGAAGCAUCAAUCCAUUAACUUCUUGAGGAUGAGUGCACGUGUGGAUGCCGUGGCUUCUAGGGUCCAGACCGCUGUCACUAUGAACCAGGUAUCUAAAUCCAUGUCUGGAGUGGUCAAGUCCAUGGACGCCACACUGAAAAGUAUGAACUUGGAGAAGAUCUCUGCCUUAAUGGACAAGUUUGAGAACCAGUUUGAAACUCUUGACGUGCAGACCGCUCAGAUGGAGGACACGAUGGGCAACACCACCACUCUGACGACGCCUCAGAAUGAAGUGGAUACGCUGUUGCAUGAGAUGGCUGAUGAAGCGGGGUUGGAUCUAAACCUGGAGCUUCCUGCAGGCCACACAUCCUUACUGGCUUCAUCUGUGGCAUCGACAGAGCAGGACGAGCUCUCCCAGAGGCUGUCCAGACUGCGAGACCAGGUGUCAUAGUGAUGUCAAAAAGAUCGCAAAGGAGGGAGGAGAGCGGGAAAAGGGAGAAGAGACGGGGACUGAGAAUGGAGUGGAGAAUAAACCAAAAAAAAGGGGCCAUGUGCCUGAAAGCUCUGUGUUCCAGGUUUGUUCUGUCAAGAGAAGUAAAGGAAGCUGUCCAACGGCAGAAAAAAGGGGCCGAGAGGAUGAAGCAGGAUAUUUACAGUGUUGCAAAACACUGCUUCACACACAGUCCUUCUUCCAUAAUAAUGUCGAUUUGCACACUAAUAUUUGACAUGUAUUCUGAUUGCUUAAAAGUUCAGCAUUAGGACACCACUGACCUGGCAUGUUUCUUUAUUUUACACCUCUGAUCUGAAUUGGGAUAUUUUUUUGUUGCGCAAACUGUUGAGGAAAAAAACUUGUGUACUGCUUGAUAGCUAAUACCUCAUUCCACAGGUGGUUUAUACACUGUAUAUAAAUGCAAAGAGCAAUAUUCAUUUAUUUAUUUAUUCACUGCCUGCUUUACUGACUGAUUGCUGAGAGCAUGCUUGUGUUGUGACUGUUGUGUCUUACCUGACUGAGGAUGUGAGGACGUCUGGUGUCGAUUCCUUGUUGGUCUGUGUUUUGGCUUUAGGCGCUGAAACUCUAACUUAUUUUUAUUGUGUGAUGGGGAUUGUUGUC